CUUUGUGACCGGGAUGAUGGUGGUGGCUUUGAAGCACGCGGGGACAACACCCUGUCUCAAGGAGGCGUUAAAGAUGUCCGUGAAGACAUCUGUGAGUUCAGCUGCACUGUCCCUCGCAACACGACCAGGGAGACAAGCCAGCAGCUGCCUUGUGGCAGAGAGAGACACUCAGAGAGGUCUCGUCCUCGCCUGACGAUGACGACGGUGUUGGUGAUAACGGUGACCAUGAUGACCUUGCUGUGGGCAGCUCCGGUAAAUAUUGCAGCUCAGCCACUGUGUGACCCUCUGACUCAAUACAAAGUCAGUGGACAGUGCUGCCAAAUGUGUCAUCCAGGCACUAGCAUGGCUAAAUGGGGCACGUGCGCAGCUCCUCAAUGCCUCCAAUGCAACGACAACGAGUAUCAGGAUACAUACACGACGGAAGACAAGUGUAAACGUCAGCCGUACUGCGACCCGAAUAAAAACUUUCAGGUUGCGGAGCAGAGGAGCAAAACCGAAAAAAGGACCUGCAUGUGUGAACUGGGAUUCCACUGCUCCAGUGACGUGUGCCUCACCUGUGUACAGCACAUGUCUUGUGAGCCCGGAUGGGGGCUGCUCAUUAAAGGGAAUCAAACCCAUGACACAGUGUGCCACAAAUGUCCUGAAGGCUCAUUUUCCAACCGGAGCUCGUGGGACAGCAGCUGUAUUACAUGGACCAAGUGUGAGAGCGGAUACACUAUCGGUCAAAGAGGUUCAGACCACUCUGACGUUGUAUGUGAGAAGAACCAGCGGCAGCAUGUAGUCAUCGCGUGUGUGGUUUUACUUGUGAUCGGGAUCCUGCUAAUAGCUGCAAUCAAGAUUUGGUUCUCAAGAGGCAAAGAAGAAGAUUCCAAGGGAAAGGGCUGCAUUGAGGAGUGUGUGCGACGUGACAAAGACCCCCCCAGAAAGGUGUUCAUCACGUCGCCAAUCCCUCACAGCGUCGACGAAGAGGCCGUGUCGCCUGUAGCGCAAGCGUCGCUGGAGGACACCGGCAGCGGCGCCACGGGCGAGCCAGAGGAGAACGAGGACAGUCCCACUCAGGCGGCCCUGGGAGAUUCACUAUUCACCGAUAAAGGCAACUAUGUGACGCAGGAGAACGGGAAAGCAGAAGUGCUCUCCCGUCAGGAAUCCCAAAGCAUGACUGUGAUGAAUGAAAUAUCUUGCUGAGCGCUCUGCCGUGUGGCGCCUAAUUCUGCACAUGGCCCUGAACAACCACCUACGUCCAUUUUAUGACCACCUUGAUUUUUUUCAAUGCCGUGGUUUGUCUCUAUAAAUUACUGAACCGUCCAUCAAACACCUUCAGAGGGAGUGUCAGCAGCGUAGCGGAGGUGGGACGGCGGCUGUAUGAGCGCGGAAAGCAGGGGUGUGCAAUUUAACAAGUGACGUGUGUGCGUAGACUCUCAGUGGAACACCCGACCCUCACGUCUCGCGCCCUCAUCGAACUGUCUUGAGCGCAAGAUUACGUGUCACUUUGUGAAAGUUUGCCACAACAUCCAUCACUGCAUUCUGUGUUAAAGGCAAAGGCCAUUCCAUGUUAUUCGCUAAUUUGGCUAGACCUGAAAGAGGGUUAAGACUUAAAUGUUAAUACAAAGACUAGUUAAUUUAUUUUCA